GGUCACCCCGGGGGUCAGGGGACGUCGGAGGUUAGCCGCGGGCGGGGCAGGAGCUCCAAGUCCAGGCGGGUUGGGGCCGGGGCGUGGGAUUCCGAGUAAGUCAAGGAUCUGCAGGGAGGGUCGGGGGUUCCAGGGACCCUCGCGCCCCGGGCGGUGCAUGGGGCUCCCCAGCCUGCGGGCGGCUGCUGGGGCCCUGAGGAAAGCCUGCGGAGCGUGGAUCCCGCGCCCGGGACCGUAUCGCUUCUGUUUGCCCCCCAUGGCCGGGAAUGGAAAGGCUCCUGUGCCAAUGGGCACCAGGCAGGAGCAGGAUAGGAAGGCCCCUAGCGGCUGGCAGGGCCGGGCUCGGGCCUGGGAGGAACCAGAGCAGCAGGCGAAGAAGCUCAAGAGCAGCGCAGAUGGGGAGCCGCACAGGAAGCUGCCCAAGCGGAAGAUUGUGUUGCUUCUGGCCUAUUCCGGGAAGGGCUACCACGGCAUGCAGAGGAAUGUUGGGUCCUCACAGUUCAAGACCAUCGAAGAUGACCUGGUGUGCGCCCUGGUGCGGUCGGGCUGUAUUCCAGAGAAUCAUGGCGAAGACAUGAGGAAGAUGUCCUUCCAGAGGUGCGCCCGGACAGACAAGGGCGUGUCUGCAGCUGGCCAGGUGGUGUCCCUGAAGGUGUGGCUGAUUGAUGGCAUUUUAGAAAAGAUCAACAGCCACCUCCCAUCUCACAUUCGGAUACUGGGAGUGAAGCGAGUCACAGGCGGCUUCAACUCUAAGAACAAAUGUGACGCCAGGACCUACUUCUACAUGCUGCCCACGUUUGCCUUUGCCCACAAGGACCAGGAUUUGCAGGAUGAGACAUACCGGCUGAGUGCAGAGACUCUGCAGCGCGUGAACCAGCUCCUUGCCUGCUAUAAGGGCACGCACAACUUCCACAACUUCACCUCACAGAAGGGGCCUCAGGAGCCCAGUGCCCGGCGCUACAUCCUGGACAUGUUUUGUGAGGAGCCCUUCGUGCGUGAAGGCAUGGAGUUUGCAGUGAUCAAGGUGAAGGGGCAGAGUUUCAUGACGCACCAGAUCAGGAAGAUGGUUGGCCUGGUGGUAGCCAUCAUCAAGGGCUAUGCACCUGAGAGCGUGCUGGAGCGCAGCUGGGGGGAGGCAAAAGUAGAUGUACCCAAGGCACCAGGGCUGGGCCUCGUCCUGGAGCGCGUGCACUUCGAGAAGUACAACCAGCGCUUUGGCUGCGAUGGGUUGCAUGAGCCUCUGGACUGGGCACGCGAGGAGGCAGAGGUCACCGCCUUCAAGGAGCAGCACAUCUACCCCACGAUCAUCAGUACCGAGCACCACGAGCGGUCCAUGGCCCUGUGGCUGAGCACCCUGCCCAUGCACGACUUCAGUGCCACUGCUCAUGCGGCAGCUGGUCCCGAUGCCAAGGUCCCCAGCCCCCUGGAAGGCAGCGAAGGGGACGGAGACAGCGACUGAAGUGCCGCCCUCUGGGGUGAAUUGAGUUGGCCUGCAGCAUGCCAUUGCUGCUCUUGGCCAUGCUCUUCCCAAGAUGGGAGAGCCUCAGUGUAGCCUCAAGACCUCAGGACCCUGAGACCUGCAUCAUUUUGUGCUCACCCCAGGAGAACCUGCGUGAAUCUCUUUUCAGCUCUUGUGUCAGCUAUGUACACCUCAGUGUGUAAAGACACUAUUUUUUUAAAGAAGCGAUUUUCUUAUUAAAUAAGUACAAACUUUG